AUGCCGUUUAUAUCGUCACCGGUUGCCUUCCCAUCGAGUGCCCCCUCACCGACGGACUCUCAAAAAAGAAAAAAUGAAGACACUCCGUCGGCCGAACCCAAGCGGCAAAAGAUGAUGGGAGGGUUUCUGGACGACGACGACGAUGAGGAGGAUGAUAUGGACGCAUUUGGAGAAGCCCAUCUAAGGAGCCAAUUCGAAAUCGAAGAUCAACUUAUCGAUCAACCGCCUGCUGCGCCAACAGAACCCGUCAAGCUUUCGCAAUUAGCUCAGACUUCUACAUCUACACUUGAUUCAAUACCCGCUCCAAUUACGUUGCCUAUGUCGUUUAGUUCAUCGCGGAGGGGGCCAUCGAUUCAAAUAAAGACUUGCUCGGGCAAGACACACAACGUCUCAUUAAAGAAGAGUACAGCCCCGGUUUCUUAUGAGAGGCUUGUUGCCAGUCGCUCUACCACGGCUCCUGGGAGAGCUCAAAAGAGUUAUUAUGGUAUUGAUAUACAUAAGCUCAUGGACGAAGCUGCGCAGGAGGCUGCGCAAUCAAAUUCGUCCCAGCUACCACCUGCUCCUGCGGUGCAACCGUCAAUUGAAACUGCGGUGGGAAAUCAGAGUGAUAUGAAGAAGGCAACGAUAAUGUGGACUGAGAAAUAUCGAGCUCGUAGAUUUACCGAGCUCAUAGGAGAUGAACGAACGCACCGAUCUGUCAUGCGCUGGUUAAAAGGGUGGGAAUCUAUCGUUUAUCCCAACUUGGCUCGAUUGAAGCCAAAGAAGACAGGCAAUGAAGAGGAACGAUCUCACCGAAAGGUGCUGUUGCUGUGUGGUCCUCCGGGUCUUGGAAAAACGACACUGGCCCACGUUUGUGCCAAACAAGCAGGCUACGAAGUACUGGAGAUCAAUGCCAGUGAUGACAGAAGCAAAGAUGUCGUGAAAGGGAGGAUUAGAGAUGCACUCGGUACGGAAAACGUGAAAGGAAUGAACGUUGAAGUAGGCGAGCAAAAGGUUCGGAAAGCUGCGCGGCCAGUCUGCGUCGUUGUCGAUGAGGUAGACGGUGUUGUUGGCGGAUCUGGUGGUGGUGGCGAGGGAGGUUUUAUGAAAGCAUUGAUUGAUUUAGUUCUUCUUGAUCAGAGGAACUCGUCACGCUCAUCCGAACAGAACGCCACUAUCAGAAAAAAGAAAGGAGACAAAUUUCGGUUCCUGCGACCCCUCAUUUUGGUUUGCAACGAUGUUUACCACCCCAGUCUGCGGCCGCUUAGGGCAUCAUCUAUUGCCGAAGUGAUCCACGUUCGCCAAGCACCUUUGGAGAAUAUGGUUUCGCGGAUGAGGAGUAUCUUCAAUAUAGAAGGGAUCCCGGCCGAUAACGACGGAGUGAGGCGGUUAUGCGAAGCUUCAUGGGGGGUUGCCCGAAGGAAGCAAGCCAACUCCAAGAACAGCGGAACGGCUGAGGGCGAUAUCCGAAGCGUACUUGUAGCCGCAGAAUGGGUGGCACAUAAGCUUAAAUAUGAGAGCUCAGAGUCUAUGCGACUGACAAGAAAUUGGCUUGAGCAAAACAUUCUUAGCGACACCGCAGGGAGUAAUACAUUUUUCAAAGGCCUAAACCGCGGUGGCGUGCGUGACAUCGUUGAUCGAGUUUUUACAGAAGGGGCUGGAUUUUCGGACGCACCUGUUGGCGUUGAAUCCUUUCAUGAUCCUUAUGAUAGAGACGCGAAGGCCCCCGUGGGUGUUGCCGACCUGAAGAAACGUCAUGCUAUCAACAGACUACGUGAAAUGGUAGAUGCUAGCGGCGAUUAUGACCGCUGCGUCACAGAGUGUUUCACUUCAUAUCCUUUACAGACUUUUCAGGACGACACAUUUCUAUCCAAACCCAAUUCAGCAUACGACUGGCUGCAUUUCCACGAUACCAUCUCGUCUCAAGUUUUCUCUAACCAGGAUUGGGAACUCACGCCAUAUCUCAGCCAGUCCGUUUUGGCAUUCCAUCAUCUAUUCGCCUCCACCUAUGGCAAGCGCAAAGUAAACGAGGCCGAUGAAGAGGACGGCGAGGAGCAUCCUUUUUCUGGGCCUAGGGCAGAGUUUGCAGCUCUCGAAGCUACGAAACACAAUCGUGCCGUUGUCACCGGUUUCCAAUCUUCGUUGUCUGCUCCGCUCUUACGGCUUUUCCGAGCCACGGAUUGUUUGGUCACAGACCUCGUCCCCAACCUCAUGCGGAUGCUAUCGCCUGAUGUGAAACCAGUAGUUGUACGAGGGAGUGGAGAACAGAAGAGCACUGCCAGUGUACGUAAAGAAAGCGAGCGGGCUCUCGUGCAGGCAGCCGUCCGCGUCAUGGCCGGGCUAGGUGUGACCUUCGAAAAAGUGCGAGUGGAGGGCGAAGGUGGUGCAUACGGGGGAUGGGCAUAUCGCAUGGAGCCGCCAUUGGAUUCACUCGUAUCGUUCUCAAAGGUCAAGGGACACGCGUCAGGGAACACUAGCGCUGCACCAGUUCGCUACGCCGUUCGCCAAGUCCUCGACCAGGAGUACCGCAAACAGACGGUGCGAAAACAAUCCGAAGCAUUGACUUCAUCUACAGUUCCCCAGAAAUCAGCGCGCAAGUCUGCAGACGGCCAGGCGCAUGGCGAUGAGCAAGAGCCCAAGAAGUCAAGCCGAGAAGCCGGUGUCAAACGCGACUUUUUCGGACGAAUCAUCCGCGAGCCUUCGCCGCAGCCUGCAGACCCGAAUGAGAACCUGGCGCAGAAUGAGGCUUCAAAGGCAGGCAGAAAGGCUUGGGUAACGUAUCACGACGGGUUCUCCAAUGCGGUGCGCAAACCCAUCUCGAUGAGCGAAUUGCUUGCGGGAUUAUAG